AAGCCAGCCCACCGUUUAUGCGAAGGGAGACAGACGUUCGUUGAGUUUUGCCCCAUUUUAUGACUGCUCUGGCCGCUGCUGUUAAGAAUCGGAUUGCUGCAGUGGUUGAGUUAGUCAGCGGGGGAUUUGGUUAAGUCCUACUGCUUUAAAUGGCACUUACCUAUAUGUAGGUAAGUUAGAGGCACUCCCCGACUUACGAUUGCGGUUAAGCCCAAAAUUCCGGUUGCUAAGGGAGACGUUUGUUAAGUGAGCUUUGCGCCCCAUUUUACAAACCUUUCUUGCCACAGUUGGUAAGCAGAUCACUGAAGUUGUUAAGUAACCCCGUUGUUAAGUGGAUCCCCAUCGACUUGGCUUGUGAAGGAGGUCACAAAAGGGGAAUCGCGUGAACCCAAGACACUGGGACCGUCAUAAAUAUGAACCCGUUGCCAAGCAUCUGAAUUUUGAUACGUGAUCCUGUGGAUGCCGCAACGUUCAUAAAUGCAUCACUGUAAACGUUACCACUCACCUGAGCCCGAGCCCUAUAUGAGCCAUAGAUGGAAGAGGCGGCGGUCUCGUAGCAGAGAGCACCAUGAGGGAAGACCACGGUAUCCCACUCUUAGGGAUUUUCCUAGGAGGUCGCGUUCUAGAAGCCAGGACAGAUUGCCUUACCAGAGAGGGUACCGAGACAGGACGGACAGUGAACUCCACAAGUUUGAAGAGCAAAGCCCAUCUUUUGUAGAGGACUAUUACUCUACCCGUCGUUCACGUCACCACAGGAGAUCUCGGGAGCGUCAUCGGACCAGGAAGCACCAACAUCAUUGCCGGAAACGCAGGACCAGGUCUUGUAGCAGCACAUCCUCGAGAAGCCAACAGAGCAAUAAGCGCAGCAGGAGCGUGGAAGAUGACAAGGAAGGUCACCUGGUGUGCAGGAUCGGCGAUUGGCUCCAAGAGCGAUACGAAAUUGUGGGUAGCCUUGGCGAAGGGACUUUUGGCAAAGUGGUGGAGUGCGUGGACCAUGCCAGAGGCAAAUCUCUGGUAGCUUUGAAAAUUAUUCGAAAUGUGGGCAAAUACCGUGAAGCAGCCCGACUAGAAAUUAAUGUCCUAAAGAAAAUCAAAGAAAAAGAAAAGGACAGUAAACAGUCUAGCUUGUGUGUCUUGAUGUCGGACUGGUUCAACUUCCACGGCCACAUGUGCAUCGCCUUUGAGCUUCUGGGCAAGAACACUUUUGAGUUUCUGAAAGAGAAUAACUUCCAGCCCUACCCUCUUCCGCAGAUAAGGCACAUGGCCUACCAGCUCUGCCAUGCCUUGAAAUUUCUGCAUGACAACCAACUGACUCACACAGAUCUCAAACCUGAAAACAUCUUGUUUGUAAACUCAGAAUUUGAUUCCUUGUACAAUGAGAAAAAGAACUGUGAAGAGAAAUCUAUCAGGAACACCUGCAUCCGGGUGGCAGAUUUUGGAAGCGCCACUUUUGACCAUGAGCAUCAUACCACUAUUGUGGCGACUCGGCACUACCGGCCGCCAGAAGUGAUCUUGGAGCUGGGCUGGGCACAGCCUUGCGAUGUCUGGAGCAUCGGUUGCAUCCUCUUUGAAUAUUAUCGGGGAUUCACACUUUUCCAGACUCAUGAGAACCGAGAACACCUAGUAAUGAUGGAGAAAAUCCUCGGCCCGAUGCCACAGCACAUGAUCCGCAAAACUCGGAAACAAAAAUACUUUCACAAAGGGAAUUUAGUAUGGGAUGAGAACACGUCUGAUGGAAGAUACGUGCAAGAGAACUGCAAACCACUACAGACGUACAUGCUCCACAAUUCCACCGAGCAUCUGCAGUUGUUUAACCUGAUGAUGCAAAUGUUAGAGUUUGAUCCGACACAGCGGAUCACGUUCGGCGAAGCUCUGGUCCAUCCCUUCUUCGCCGGCUUAUCUGCAGAGGAACGGCGGCUGACUAGCCGAGACUCAAGCCGCGAUUUAAGCAGAUGACAGACCGGCAAGGGGAGCUCCCAACAGGAUCUGUAAAUACUCUGAGAUUAGUCUGACCUCUGCAAGGAACAACGUCAAGGAUCCCGUCCCUUCCCCGGAGCACCAUGGACUGCGGUGUGGGCGCGAUCUCAGAUCGGACAUCGGACGUGAGAGGGGAACGGGACCGCAGUCCAGAAGCACAGAUUUCUCUCAUAAUUUAUAUGUUGUAAAGUUCAAAUAAAGUGUUUCAUAUUGUUUGAUAA